GGGAUUGGGUGUAAGUUGGAUGCUGGCUCUCAGAUGCGAGCUGUCGGACCCAGGGUCCGGAAGAAGGAAAUGGAGAGUCCUUCCAUACUAUCAUCUCCCCGCUUGUCGUAUCUCCACGCGUUUUUUUGCCGGCCGAAACCUCUCAUCCCCGGCUUCACUUGGCAGAACUUUGCAUUUUGGCUUCCACCGUACGGAAUCAUUGGUUUCUCCAGCUUCCGCUUCUCCUCACUCCCCUCCUCGCUACUCUUGGCUGAUCCCCCGGGGCCCGCACCAUCGGAUCGGUGCUCCUUAUAUGCCACAUUUAAAGAACGUAAGAGGUUGUAGUUCGGAAGCCACCCGAGCGUUCCCUGUCCCGCUUCUUGGCAUUUCCUCUGUUCUCUCGUGCAUCUCCAUCUCUUUUCACGAUAAUGACUCCGACGUCUGAGACUGAAAAACCAGCGCCGACGAAGAUGAGACGGUUUAAGGUGCACUCGCUGAAGGUCGGGGACCGACUUACGAAUGCGUCGAACUUGACGCUCAGGGAGACGCUUUGGCCGCUCUUCCUGGUAACGAUUCUGUACUUCCUCUGGGGCUUUGCAUACGGCUUGCUCGACACCCUCAACAAACACUUCCAAAACACACUCAAUAUCACCCGCACGCGCUCGUCAGGCCUCCAAGCGGCGUAUUUCGGGGCCUAUCCUCUCGCGUCCCUGGGCUAUGGCAACUGGGUCCUGCGCAACUACGGCUACCGCGCCGUCUUCAUCCUCGGGCUGGUGCUCGAGGGCAUCGGUGCGCUCUUGAUGUGGCCGGCGGCGCUCAAGCGCAGUUUCGGCGGGUUCUGUGGAGCCACGUUCAUCAUUGGGAGUGGGCUCGGGUGUUUGGAGACCGCGGCGAAUCCUUACAUGGCUGUUACGGGCCCGCCUCAGUACGCCGAGGUUCGGAUUAACAUUGCCCAAGCCGUGCAAGCCAUCGGGUCGGUCAUCGGGCCCGUCCUGGGAUCCUACGUGUUCUUCAAGCAGACGGGUGAUUCGGUCAACUCGCUUAAGACGGUGCAGUGGGUGUACCUUGCCAUUGCGAUCUUCGUGUUCUGCCUCGCGGUCGUGUUCUUUUUCUCGGUUAUCCCUGAAGUCACAGACACGGACAUGGCCGAACAAGCUGGGAGAACUCACGCGGGCGGAGACGCGGGCGAUAAACCAUUCCGGAAGCAGUACAAGUUGUUCUUUGCUGGAUUUGCGUCGUUCUGCUACACUGGCGCACAAGUGGCCCUCGCAACUUACUUCAUCAACUACAUGACCGAGACGCGCGCCAACACGACCAACCAGCUCGCCGCGUCCUUCCUCGCCGGUGCUCAGGGUUGUUUCGCUGCUGGCCGGUUCUCUGGCUCGGCGCUCAUGACGCGCAUCCGGCCACGGAAAGUGUUCUUCACGUACAUCUCGCUCGUGAUCGCGUUUGCUGCGGCGUCCGUGACGCAGACAGGGAACAAGGGCCUCGCAAUGCUCAUGCUGUGUCUGUUCUUCGAGAGCGUGUGUUUCCCGACAAUCGUCGCGCUGGGAAUUCGGGGACUUGGCCGGCACACGAAGCGCGGGAGUGGAUGGAUCAUCGCUGGAGUUGUCGGUGGCGCUUGUGUGCCCCCACUCACAGCGAAGGUCGCAGACAUGCACAAUUCCACUGCGAUUGGAUUCGUGGUUCCCGUCGCUUUCCACGUCGUGCCUUGGGCCUACGCAGUCUGCUGCAACUUUGUCCCGAUGUUCCGCGACGUCAUGGAUAAGGUUGGUGACGAGCAAAGCGUCGGGGUCGUCGCAGCCGCCGAGGGAAAGGCAGAUAUGAGGGAAGAUUCGAUUGAGGAGAAGGUUUGAGUGAGCCUUUGUAAUACCACCGAGAUGUACUUCUAUUUGCACGAAGGUAAAUGACCUCACGACAU